ACAAGAUAGGUGGCGCUGCGGUAGCGACGCGAGACGGCCCCAAGCUAGCUUGCACUGGGAACAUUACUUCGAGCCCCAUACAUUUUCUUCUGGUUCUCUACGUCUGCAGUUUGGUUGUGUACCAGUUCAAAAAUUAUUUCAAAAUUUUUGCCAUCAGGAAAAAAGUUAAAAUGACGGACAAGCCGAAGCGUCCUAUGUCAGCAUAUAUGCUUUGGCUAAAUAGUGCACGAGAACAAAUUAAGUCCGAAAAUCCGGGACUUAAAGUUACCGAAAUUGCCAAAAAGGGAGGCGAAAUAUGGAGAUCAAUGAAAGACAAGACUGUUUGGGAGGAAAAGGCGGCUAAAGCUAAGGAGCAAUACACAAAAGACUUGGAGUCAUAUAAUGCUAAUGGAGGCGGUGGUGAAGGUGGCGGUAAAAAGGCACAGAAAAGAGGAAAGAAGGGCAAGAAAGCUUCCCCUGCUAAGGCAAAGAAGAAGAAGGAGGAAUCAGAUGAAGAAGAAGCUGGUGAGGAGGAAGAGGAAGAAAGCGAAUGAUCUCCCAACUUAGGCAUUUCUGUUCAUAUUGAAUAAUUUACUUGGACUUAAUUUAUUACAAAAUAAAAUGGGACUGACUUUCCAAAGUCUGUAUUGAAAGGGUUUAAUUUUUUAUAAAAGUAUUACAGAGAUUUUAAUUCGUGAAUAUUAAUAAUAAAUUUACUCAUCAAUUAAUUUAUAAAUUUAAUCGACAUUAUACUUGUUGGUUUGUUUAAUGUGUGUUGCAGCUUGGGUUUUGUAGAAUUGGAUAAUGAUAGGUUGUGAGUGCAGAGUUUGGAAAGUUCCACCACAGGCUAGGUAUCUAGGUUUCUAAGCCUCAAAAAAAAAUAAUGUUUAAGUGUUAGCAUGUAUACACUGGGGAAUUGUACAGUUAGCCCUCCCUCGUUAAGUUCGCUGUGACUACUGGAUGCUCAUGUUUUUUAUGUACCUCAGAUGGUUUUAUCAAAACUGUUAUGUCUCCCAACAUUGUCGUAAAGCUGUGCUUUAAAUUGAUAUGCCAUAAGUAUAAUUUACGCUAUAUAUUUUUUUUUGCCCACUGACAUUAUAGUUUUGGUCGAACUGUGUUAACAUGUAAAAUUAGAGACAAUUUCAUGAAUGAUGCGACGGCUUAUUGUUAAUUAAACCUACCUCUCAUUGUAAAUUUCAAUGCUUAUAAAUGGUACCAAACUUUUAAGCUAAGAACCAGUUUGGGACAUGGGCCCAAGCUGAGCAAUUUAAAUUUAGGAAAUUGAUGUGUAUGUUGUAUUUUUAGUUAGUUAUAGGUAGGUUUCAAUGUGAUUAGUCUCUCAAAUUUUACAUUUGUGUUAUUUUGUAAAUGAGAAUUAGCAUUCCUCAUGUCAAUACGGAUUUUACAUGUUCAAUAAAGUAAUUUCAUAUAAGAUUCUAUUUUUCAA